CUCGUUCAUCCACGACAGGAGCAUCUGCCACAGCAAUGGCCGCCGGUACGCUGUUCCUCCUAGCGAUGUUGGUGACUGUUGUGUUGGCGGCACCCCAACGUGACAAUCCGAAAGACGCUACUAUUCUGGAGCAGGAGAACGACUUCAAUGGCGUCGACAACUGGCGCUGGAGUUACAAGUCGAGUGACGGCAGCCAGCGACAGGAGGUUGGUGGAAUAGUGGACGGAUUCCUCAAGACGGUCGGGAGCUACUUAUGGAAGUCGCCCAGCGGCCAGAAGUACACAGUCAACUACGUCGCCGACAAGGACGGCUACCAGUCCAAGCUGGAGGCCGUCGACGAGACGGUGGAGCCGCCCAAGCUCGAGAAGCAAGUCCUCCUCAGCCCCAACGCCAAACUAUCGCUCAUCGGCCGCUAAAGAACCCCGCAGUUCUUACCAAUAUACGACGUACCACAUGCCCAAAACUCAUUUUCUGUCCCUCUCAGAUAGUGUGAAGAACACUUUUACAAAUGAAGCCUUCCUGCAGAUAUUAUGAGACUGAUACAAAUGCGAUCAGGCGAAGGUACAGAUGAGAUAAACUCGUAGGCUCUACUCACUGUUUUAAUGGACAACCUUCGGAUCAUGUCACGAAAACUGACAGAUUAUCAAUUUCUAUGGUUUCAAAAUUAAUCCAUUUGGUAUCAGUGUCAAGGAUCAUCCUCACGUUGUAUGGAGUCAACAGAUUUAUCAUCAAAUAUUUCUUAAUGUGUGUCCAAUAAAAAUUGUUGUCUUUUCGGCAGCUAUAUGACGCAGUUCCUAGAGCUCUAAUAUCACACGUCAAAGAUAGCUUUAUGAAUAAUGUGUCAGUGGGACAUUUACACCUUAGAAUCUUCUUGAAAUGUCAUCGUCUCUGAAGUAGUGUGACAAACUGAAAGACGAUAUCGCUGCAUGAAUUUUUCUGAAAGUUGAAAGUUCAUGACAAGCCACUUCGUCUGUCUGUAAAAGAGUCUACAUUUGUUUCUGACACUUCAUUCAUAAAUUUGCCUCUUGAUUGCAUAUAACAGUACAAAUAAUUCAUGGUGAUCGGUUCCUGCUUCUUGCCAUAAUCAGAUCCGUUACGAAAACUAGGGAAAGAUACUAAAGUGAGAAUAAUAAUUUGAAACAGAUUGAAACCUAAUUAACUGAAAAUAUAAGUGUCUGUAAAAAAGAAAUGUGUAAGAACAGAUAGAAUACAUAAAAAAGGAUAACGUGCCAUUGAAAGUAAUCAGAUAAAAGCAUCAAUGUUAAGUGCUAGUGAUGGCCUGAGAGCGUCCUAUAUUUAUACAUACACAACUCUAACGAGCAGAGGAAGCUAAUUCUGAGGCACAUAAGUAAUCAGCAUCAUAAAUUUAAUAGCAUAAAAUACUCACAAUCAUUAAUUAAAACUAAUUCACCAGAAUACUUUUAGUGGAAAGUUAUCCUUUUUCAAGUAUUCUUAAUUUCAUAUUUUUAUAAGUUAUUAGGCGCCGUAUGUAAUGAACUGUACUAUUCCCACAUUAGUGUUUUUUCUAUUUUUAGAACAGAUCUGAUGGUGGCAGUGAACCGAAGCUGUCAGUUGUGAAUAAGCUAUUGUGACUAACGAGUUAUAAGCGAUCAAGGUAUUUACAAAUAAAUUAUGUCUGAGUA